AUGCAUACCCGUUCGAUUCUUGUAGCCGCUAUCGUGGCCGCCUCCAGCCUGGCUCUGGCGGAACCUGAAAGACCCAAGAUCUACUUCCCACGGCAGGUCAAGAGACAAUACACCAAUAGCACCGGCACGAUAACGAGCGCCGCGCCGCAGACAUUCGAGAGCACAUCUGCAGAUGCCACUUCGUCAUCCUCGAGGAGGGCUGAUAUUUCCGAUCUCCUUUCCAGUUUGACGGGCAGUUUGGGGCUUAGCGAUUCGUCCUCGGACGCGGCCGACACCAACGCCCUCUCGAGCUCGCCGGCUUCUACUACAAAUUCGACUGCGGUAGCUGAGCCUGAAACAUCAAGUACUGACACGGCGGAGACUGAGAUCACAGCAACCACGACCGAUGGCGCUGUUGAUACGAGCACAUCAGUCCCUCCGCUCAUUGCGUUGCCGACUCUCAGCUUGAGCGUUCCUCUAGGCAGCAGCACGGACUCGGCAUCGCCGACUGCUUCCGCGGCAUCGUCAACUGCUUCCACGGCUGCGACAGCGACAUCGAACACGGAUGUCAUCACAUCUAGCGCCGGAAGCGUCGCGACUACGGCUGACACCAACACGACUACCCCCGACAGCACUGCUACUACGGCUGACAGCAUCACGACUUCUGCCGGCAGCCUCGCGACUACAGCUGACAGCGCCGCAGCCACCGUACCGUCAUCGUCAAGCUCCGGUGGUGGCUUAAUCGGCGGCCUAACCAGCGAUCUCGGAGGAGUCAGCAGUGUCGUUGGAACUCUGACGUCCGCCCUACUCCCGGCACCAACCACGAGUGCCACAGAUGUGGUCGAUACCACGUCGACAGCCGACAACGCGACUGAAACCUCUGCUCAGACAGAAAGCGCUACGCUGUCCACCGCUACGCCGACCACCGCCACGCCGACCACAAUUUUGACCUCGUCCUCAGGUAUUCUUCUGGCCCCAACCGGUGUCGUAACUCAAUCGUCCGUUGUUUCGUCCGUUGUUGUACCGUCAUCGUCAAGCUCCGAUGGUGGCUUAAUCGGCGGCCUAACCAGUGUUGUUGGAGGAGUCACUAGUGCUGUUGGAGGAGUCUCCAGUGUUGUUGGAGGAGUCACCAGUGCCGUUGGAGGAGUCUCCAGUGUUGUUGGAACUGUGACCUCCGACCUACUCCCUGCACCAACCACGAAUGCCACGGAUGUGACGCAGUCCGCGACUGGAAUCGUGUCUGCGACGGAGUCUGCUACCGGAAUAGUGUCUGCUACGGAUUCUGCGCCUGCCAUUGGGUCUGCUACGGCAUCUGUGACUGCGACUGCGACUGACAACGGUACUGGAAUCUUGCCAACGCUUCUCCCCACCGCCAGCUCAUUCCUAGGCACGGCUCCUACGACUGCCACCGGCGCAAGUACAGCUACGACGGCCGACCCGAUUCUGUCGCUCUCGAUCCCAAUCACGUCGCUGCUCCCAACGACAUCAUCCGGCAUCAUUCCGACCGCUUCGUCGAUCGACAAUGGCACCGAUUCCAGCAUUACACCCUCGGAGAUUAUCAGUGUGCCCGCGUCACUGACUCCUUCCAUUGCGUCUUCGAUUCCGUCGUCAGUGAUUCCUUCCGGAACCGAAGUGGCCACGAACUCGACGGGACCAACCGUAGUGCCGACGAGCUCUACAGGACCAACCGUAGUGCCGACGAGCUCUGCAGGACCGACCGAAGUGCCGACGAACUCGACGGCACCAACAGGAGCGCCGACGAGCUCUACAGGUCCCACGGAAGUGCCGGCGAACUCUACAGCACCAUUGGAAACUGCAAGUUCGAGCGUGCCCGUCAUCACGUCUUCAGUUACACCUACUUCAAUACUGCCAACUGUGAGCGAUACAAUCACGGCCAACUUGACUGCGCCAUCAUCUACAACGAUUGAUACGACUUCUUUGUCUGGAUCCAUUACACCAUUGCCCACGACAACGUCUGAAAUCGCAACUGUUUCCCAAAACUCGACUGACACGACGAGUGCGUCUGUUGAGCCCACAAGCACGUCGUCAGUACCCAGUACAUCGUCAGUACCCAGCACCACCGAAGUUCUCGUUACGCCGACGCCGACGACCACGUCUUCGCAAGAAAUCUUCACUAGCCUGCCCGCUACGGCGACCAUUACAAAUUCCGAGUCGUGGUUGCCGACAUCACUUAUUGUAGAACCAUCUCCUACGAGCACCUUCAGUACUGGUGGCGCCCCAACCUCCGGCUCUGUUUAUCCUACGACUUUGCCCAAGAACAUAACGCCAUACACAGUGAUACCAGCUGCGCCCGCGGGGAAACAGGCGAUCCGGAUCUCCUUCCUUUACGGCCUAAACUACCAGCAUCUGCUUGAUUACAGUAACGCCGCGUCCCAGAUUUUCAUGUAUCUUCCUGGCGCGCUUUCGUUCGCCACUGGGAUCGCGGUUGAGGAUAUGUUGAUGACCGAGAUCGUGCGAUAUGACACCAUGUCGUCCUACGGUUAUAUCACGUCCCAAGCUAUAAUCUACUUCCCUGAGGGCAACAUAACGACCUUGGCGGGUGACGUCAGAACACCCAACUCUCCUCUGUACCAGAACCCGGUGCCGAUAGUGUACAACUUGACCAGCCAGAUCAACGAAGCCAUCUCCAUCCUCCCGGACCCUAACCAGAACCCGGAUGGCAGCUCGACCAGCGGUAGCAGCGGCGGCGGUGGCUCGGAUGUACCCAACCACAACGCUUUCGGCUCAGGCUCGGGAGACCAAACAACGGGCGCGCAGAAGGGAGCGACGGCUGGUAUCGCUGUUGGUGCUCUCAGUGUGGCGGGUGCUUAUGGUGCUGCCAUGUUCAUCAUUGCCCGCAGGUACAAGCGCAAGAAGCAGAGACACCAGCGAAGCAGCUCAGUCAUGGCGUCGGGUGAGAUGCGACAGACUGGCAGCCCGGCUAUGAUGGGUGGUGCGCUGCUCAGCCGCGACUUCACGAGCAGCCCCGGCUACGGAGGGGUUGAGCCAAACACACGAGACAGCCAGGGCAGUGGAAGGAGCAAUGGCAACAACUCAGCGCGGACGGCCCAAAUCUCGGCGCCGGUUGCGGCUGAGAACUCUCUUGGCUGGAACUGA